ACUAACGGCAGCAAUUCAAACCAUCAAAAAAAGAAAAAAUUCUAGAAAAUUCCUUCACGAUUUUGACCCCUCCCAAGAUAUUAGCUUUUCCUACUCCAUCAAAACAUUUUCCAUUUCUCUUCCCCUUUGUCUGAUCCAAACAUACAUAAAUCAUGAGCCAGCCCCUGCACGAUCCCAACAAAAUCCCCGAAACCAAACAGUCAACAACAUCCUCUGAGUCAACUCCACCGGCAACCCAAUCUUCUGAUUAUGCUCCGUACCCGAAAUUAGACCCCAAGGACGUCAAUCCUCCAUCUGAGAAUUGGAGCAACGUUUCCAUGGGUUCUCAAUCGCAGCCCAAUCCGGGCCCAGCACCGAUGUCUAGCAGCGCUGCUACCACCAUGCCGGCUGAGUCCAAUCCUUACGUUUCUCCCGCUCCAGUUCAAUCAUCUUCCGUCAAGAAUACGAUGGAAUCAGUGAAAGAUGUGUUGGGGAAAUGGGGAAAGAAAGCGGCGGAGGAUACUAAGAAGGCAAAAGAGAUAGCUGGGAACAUGUGGCAACACUUGAAAACUGGGCCGAGUUUUGCUGAUGCUGCUGUAGGAAGAAUUGCACAGGGUACGAAAGUACUUGCAGAAGGUGGUUAUGAGAAGAUCUUUCGAGCAACAUUUGAGACUGUUCCUGAGGAACAGCUUCUGAAGACAUAUGCGUGCUACUUGUCCACCUCGGCUGGUCCUGUUAUGGGAGUUUUAUAUUUGUCAACCCAAAAGCUUGCUUUUUGUAGUGACAAUCCACUGUCUUACCAAGUUGGUGAUCAGACACAAUGGAGCCUUUAUAAGGUGGUUAUUCCGUUACAUCAGCUCAGAGCAGUGAACCCAUCAGCUAGCAAAGCCAACCCAGCUGAGAAAUACAUCCAGAUUAUAUCAGUUGACAACCAUGAAUUUUGGUUCAUGGGCUUUGUACACUAUGACAGUGCUGUUAAAAAUCUUCAACAAGCAUUGCAGCCGCAUAGCUCAUGAUAUAGCUCAUGAUAUGAUCUUAUCAAACUCUCUACCAUGUUCCAAAAAGGUACUUUGAAUCACUAAAUUGAUGUAAAUAAAAUAUCUUGAGCCAGAUUUGUAACAGUUGAAAUAUCAUAGACAUGUUUUGUAUUGCAUUUGUUUGGAGUCACUGUGAUAUUCCUUUGUUUCUUGAACUCAUGAAUUGUUGUUGGACAUGUUUGAGUUGUCAAUAUGGAAUCAGAUUGUUAAAUGGUUUGCACUAGAAGUGUUCAUUUAUACUUUUUUUCUUUUUUUAAGUGAAAAGGGUUGAUUCUGGCAAAGGUUAUUGUGAAUUUGAGAAACAACGAAACUAUUUAUUCUUCU